CUCUUUUGCUCUCCCUCACCGACGCCGACAACGACGACCAUUCGCCCCUCAGAGCCUUUCUGUUCGAUCAUCCUUUCCCCUUGCCGGUCGCCAUGUCGUCGAAUAUACCUACUCGGCGAGUAACUCGCGCGACUCGCGCUGUCACCACGAAGGAUAACGAAAAUGCUAAUGCUCGUCCUUCCCGGAUCACUACCCGCUCAAAACCGCCGUCUUCAUCGUCCGCUGCCGCUACAGGCGUGGCUACUCGUGCUUCUGCUCUGGCCGAUGCUAACAUACAGAAGCGCAAGCGCGAGGCUUUAGGAGAAGUCACAGGCAAGUCCGUCAACAACAGGGUACGAGCGGUUCCCGAUUCCAAGGGCAAAGGCAAGGAGGCAACUACGGCGAAACCGUCCAAACCAGCUUCUUCAAAUACAACGUCGACGAUGGCAUCCCGUGCACCACUGCGUCCCGUGGCUACUCGGAAUACGAGAAGUACUGUUACUCACAACAAGGUGCAGAAGUCCGAGCCUAUGUCCGUUGAUCAUCCUACGAAACCCGUCCCGGUUGUCGAAGUACCUAAGCCGACCCAAUCUACUCGGCGCAGUGUUCGAUCGACUACAGUCACCUCAACCACCGUCCGGAGGACGGUCCACCGAAGAGCUCCUGUGGCCCGCAUUGAGCCCGAUACAGACGAUGAGCCAGCAUCUAAGCGUAGGAAGACGUCUUCAGAAAUCGGCGAUGAAAUUAUAGAAGUUGGCGAUAAGGCUCUCCUCGAGAACAUCGUGGAGGAAUCCGAACCCGUAUUAGAGGAAGACGAUGCCGUUCCCGGUAGCUCUCAGCAGAAAGUAGAAGAACUACGGGAUUGGGACGAUUUAGACAAGGAUGAUGAAGAUGAUCCCCUCAUGGUCGCCGAGUACGUUGCGGAUAUCUUUGACUAUCUCAAGGCUUUAGAGCAAACAACUAUGCCUAAUCCUAACUACAUGGAGAACCAAAAAGAACUUGCAUGGAAAAUGCGUGGUAUCCUCAUGGACUGGCUCAUUCAAGUGCACUCUCGCUUCAAGCUUCUACCGGAAACAUUAUUCCUGUGUGUCAACUUAAUCGACCGAUUCUUGUCUGCUCGAGUCGUUUCUUUGGCAAAACUCCAACUGGUUGGAGUCACGUGCAUGUUCGUCGCCGCAAAGGUUGAGGAGACGGUCGCGCCGUCAGUUACAAAUUUUGUUUACUGCGCAGACUCGUCAUACAGCGAGCAAGAAAUUCUUCAGGCUGAGAAAUACAUCCUCAAAACUAUUGAUUGGAACAUGAGCUAUCCCUGCCCGCUGAACUUCUUACGACGAAUAAGCAAAGCCGACGACUACAAUGUGCAGGUGCGCACGAUUGGAAAGUACCUCACUGAAAUUGGGUGCCUUGAGUGGCGGUUGAUUGCUGCUCCGCCGUCACUUUUGGCUGCUGCCUCAAUGUGGCUUGCGCGACUAGUACUUGAUUGUCCGGACUGGACACCGAACCUCCGACACUACUCGUCAUACCCCGAAGAAGCGCUUAUUCCGACCGCCAAUCUUAUGCUCAACUACAUCUUAAAGCCAAUUGCUCAUGAGUCAUUUUACAAGAAGUAUGCCUCUAAGCGAUACCUCAAGGUGAGCGUGUUUGUACGCGAGUGGGCACUUGCGCGUUGGGACGAACGGUCGAUGGUGGACCUUGCGACAGAUUUACCACAACUCAAGACAGAGGCACGUCGACAUGCUCUGGAAGUCGCGGCAUUGCAGGCAGAGAAUCAGCCAUUAUAGGGAGAAAAGUUGCGCCAAAAUUUUAUAUGGGUUCCUUGAUUCUUUUCUUUCACCUUGCACACUUCGUCAUCGUGGGAUUCAAUGCACUAUAUCUUCAACCUUCAUUAUCCAUACCCCUCAUGCGCCGUCAUCUUAGAUCGUCUUCGAUUCGUAUUGCAUCGCAUUUGCAUCGCUGUACACCAUCGCAAACCAGACAAGCAAUCGUAAGCUAUUCUAUCCAUAAAUUCAAGAAAGUCCGUAUGACCCCUCGGAUCCAAUGUCUAUAUAUGCUUUCCUUCCAUGUCUUGUUAUUUC